AUCACCCAAAAGUGGUCUUGAGUCGCAGUCGCCCUCGCUCGCUUGGUUAAUAUUGCGACUUCGAUGGCAUUGUCUGCUACUUCAUCUGUCAACUGACUUGAUUCGAUUUACCCGGCUGUUUUUGUUAUCGCCAACCCCUCUCUCUCUCUUCUCCUCUCAGCCGCCGCCGCCUGCCUGGUUAACCCCACGGCCCUCUUUGUUCCGACCACCUCACCACCACCACCACCACCACCACCUCCUCUUCUUUCUCAUCUCGACAACAAUCAUCUCAGCUUUCCAUAGCCUCCAAACCCCCUCUUUUCGUCUUCCCAGCUCCUCCCCUACACUCUUUCAAAGUGUCCAACCUAAAGACCGCCGAUCUGGCUACCUUGGCUGACCCCAACGAGUUGUUUUUGCCUGGUGAGAGGCAAAACAAUCUCGCAAUGUCACCCUCGCCAGUUCCCCUCCUCAAACCGCCUGUGCCGGGUAAUCGCAGCAAUGGCAGCAGUCCGCGACCCCCCAAACUCACCCUGGGCAUUCCCCCUUCUCCCAACGCUCGUCCCGUCACAGGAAACGGUGUUCCGGCCACUGUAGCGCCCCCGCCGACCGAGGUUCCUCAGCUGCAGCGCCCGGCUGCCCGCCCAGCUCCUCCCCAGCUGCGCCUCGCUACUCCCAUGGGUAGCACUCAAUCCAUUCCCCAGGUUAAACCCCGACCGGCCCCUCCACCGUUGGCGACCAGCGGCCUGAACGAACCGAAUGGACACUCUAGAACGGGCAGCUUCACCUACCUCGACGGGAAGGCCAGUGGGCCGGCCUCGGCUUCCUCCUCCAACUAUUCCGCCUUAUCGUUCGCUAUGGGGCUCCGACAACCGCAUGGCAGCACCCCCGAUCCAUCGUCUGCGAUCAGUUCGGUCUACUCCGACCGGGAAGGAGGCAUGUCAAUGGAGCGGGACGGCAGCGUCAACAACUUGAUCCCGGAUCUGGAUAAGCUGAGCUUGGAAAAGGGCAGGCCCCUCGACGUGGACGACCUGGAUGAUGAGGGCUGGCUCGCAGCCAGUGAACAGAAGAAGAUCGUGGAGCUGGGUAGUCUGGGUGAAGGAGCGGGAGGUGCUGUGACUCGUUGUAAGCUCAGAGAAGGAAAGACCGUCUUUGCUCUGAAGAUCAUCACAACCGAUCCCAAUCCCGACGUCAAAAAACAGAUCGUUCGCGAACUCAAUUUCAACAAAGACUGUGCCUCGGAGCACAUCUGUCGCUACUAUGGUGCAUUCAUGGACAAGUCCACAGGAACAAUCUCGAUCGCAAUGGAAUUCUGCGAAGGUGGCAGUCUGGACAGCAUCUACAAGGAAGUCAAGAAGCUGGGAGGCCGGACAGGAGAAAAGGUGCUGGGCAAGGUCGCCGAAGGUGUCCUAAACGGCUUGACCUAUCUCCACAGCCGAAAGAUCAUCCAUCGAGACAUCAAACCAUCCAACAUUCUCCUUUGCCGAAACGGUCAAGUUAAGCUUUGCGACUUUGGUGUCAGUGGAGAAUUCGGUACCAAGGGUGAUGCGAACACCUUCAUCGGUACAUCGUACUACAUGGCGCCUGAGCGAAUCACUGGACAGUCGUACACAAUUACAUCGGAUGUCUGGUCUUUGGGCGUGACUUUGCUUGAGGUCGCCCAGCAUCGCUUCCCCUUCCCUGCCGAUGGAACGGAAAUGCAGCCACGGGCCGGUUUGAUUGAUCUUCUAACCUACAUUGUCCGUCAACCAAUCCCCAAGUUGAAAGACGAGCCCGACAAUGGUAUCCGGUGGUCAGACAACUUCAAGUACUUCAUCGAAUGCUGUCUGGAGAAAGAACCUCCACGACGAGCGACUCCAUGGCGGAUGCUGGACCAUCCCUGGAUGCUAGACAUGAAGAACAAGAAGGUCAACAUGGCCAAUUUUGUGAAGCAGGUGUGGGAUUGGAAAGAAUAGACUGCCUGAACAGCAUCAGGACCGCCGCGACCAUUCGUGCCCUCAUU